GUCCAAACUGCCAUCCUAACCGGCCCUCCGAACGCGACGCCGCCGCAAUACCUUGCGCAGCACUGCGCAAUCCGGCAUCAUGGCCUCCUUCCCGCGAUUCCGGUUCUUGGCCAUUGCCGUGGUCUUUCACUUGGUGUACAUAUAUUCCAUCUUUGACAUUUACUUCGUUAGCCCCAUUGUCUCGGGCAUGCGCCUGUUCCAAGUAGAGCGGCCAGAGUCCAGCCCAGCACCUGCGGAUCGCCUGGUCCUCUUUGUAGGAGAUGGACUGCGCGCCGACAAAGCGUUCCAAUCGCACCCUGAGCCUUACCCCAAAUCCGACGACGAUCUCAUUCCCCGGCCUCUGGCCCCGUUUCUGCGGUCGAAGGUGCUAGAGCAUGGGACCUUCGGCGUAUCCCAUACGCGCGUGCCUACCGAGUCGCGGCCCGGUCAUGUGGCUCUCAUUGCCGGUCUCUACGAGGAUGUCUCGGCGGUAACCACGGGUUGGAAGCUGAACCCUGUCAACUUUGACAGUCUCUUCAACCGCAGCCGGCACACAUGGAGCUGGGGCAGCCCCGAUAUCCUGCCCAUGUUCCAGCACGGCGCUGUCCCGGGCCGGGUGGACGCCUUUACCUACGGAGCCGAGCUGGAGGAUUUUUCAGCUGAUGCCCUUGUGCUGGAUCUCUGGGUGUUCGACCAUGUCAAGGACUUCUUUGCCGAAGCGCGGACGAAUAGUACGCUCAAUGAUGCGCUGAGGCAGAAUAAGAUUGUCUUCUUCCUUCAUUUAUUAGGUUUGGACACCACCGGGCAUUCCUAUCGGCCGUAUUCGAAGGAGUACCUGCACAACCUCAAGGUGGUCGAUCAGGGCGUUGAGGAAAUCGUGGGACUGAUUGAGGACUUCUACGGCGAUGAUCGGACCGCCUUUGUUUUCACUGCCGACCACGGGAUGAGUGAUUGGGGUAGCCACGGGGACGGUCACCCAAAUAACACGCGGACGCCCCUCAUCGUCUGGGGCUCCGGGGUCGCCAAGCCCCAGAUCUACCCGGGAGAGGUUGCGCCAGGACAUGACGAGUUCUCCUCAGACUGGAACCUGGACCACGUUCGGAGACACGACGUCGCACAGGCCGAUGUAGCCGCUCUCAUGGCCUACCUCAUCGGCACCGAGUUCCCAGCGAACUCGGUCGGAGAACUGCCCUUGUCCUACUUGACCGCCGAUCUCAAGGAAAAAGCCGAGGCUUCGCUCGUCAAUGCGCGCGGAAUCCUCGAGCAGUACCGCGUCAAGGAGGAAAAGAAGAAGAUGACGGAGCUGAGGUUCAAGCCGUAUAAGCCCUUGAGCGACAAAGGCCUGGAGCCCGACAGCCGCCUGGCACACAUCCGGCAGCUCAUUGAGACCGGCAGCUACGAGGAAGCAAUCGAGGAGUCGGCCGCGCUCAUGAAGGUCGGCCUGGGCGGUCUCAGGUACUUGCAGACGUAUGACUGGCUGUUCUUGAGGGCCCUCGUUACGGUAGGAUACCUGGGAUGGGUGGCUUAUUCGCUUACCGUUGUCAUCGACGUCCAUGUCUUGCACGGACGCUUGCAGCCCUCGAGGACACUAUUCGGCACCCUUGUCUCGUCUUCCGUUCUGACUGCUCUCUACGCAUCCUUUGUCAUCUCGAAGUCGCCCCUAACAUACUACGCAUAUGCCUUGUUCCCCGUCUUUUUCUGGGAGGAGGUGUACGCACGACGGGAGAGCCUGUUGGAGGGUCGCAAGGAACUAUUUGGUCACGUCAAGUCAGCAGCAAGCCUGGCCUCGCUACUCUUCAAUUGCGCCGUUUAUGUCGGGGUUAUCGAGUCUCUGGCGCUGGGCUACAUCCACCGCGAGAUCCUGACCGUCCUGUUCAUCAUUGGCGCCUUUUGGCCUCUAGCCUACGGCUUCUCGUUCUUGCACAAGCAUGCCGCGCUAUCUGUGACAUGGUUCCUCUCGUGCAUUGCCAUGAGCACCUUCACAUUGCUUCCAGCCAUGAAAACUGAGAAUGUUAACUUAAUCAUGGUCGGAGGCGCAUUGAUGGUCAUCGCCGGCGUCCUCUACUUGGUCUUCGAGGACUUUGUCCUCGCAGACUUCACUUGGUCAGAGAAGCCCUCCUCUGAAAAGAACCACGUUUCGAGGACGCUCGUGGGUAUCCAGAUUGGCCUUACCUUGCUCUCCAUGGUUGUCACCCGGUCUAGCGCCCUGUCGCUACAGGCAAAACAAGGACUUCCUCGCGGCAACCAAAUCACGGGCUGGAUCGUUCUCGUCGCGUCCCUCCUCAUGCCACUCGCAUACCGUUUGCAACCAAACAACCACUACAUGCACAGGAUUCUGGUCAUCUUCCUCACCUGCGCUCCGACCUUUGUCAUCCUGACCAUCUCCUACGAGGGGCUGUUUUACAUCGCGUUUUCGGCAAUCCUGGUCAGCUGGGUCCGCUUGGAGCACGCUGUAUUCAAGUUCUCUUCGCCUGCUAGAUCCCCCUCCACCCCUUCCGCCAACGCCGCCGUGCGAGCAGGAGCAACGGCGAUGACAAACGGCUCAACUACUGGUCCCGCGCAAAAGCCCCCUCUCGAAAACGAACCAACGCUCGGGUCCCCCUUCCGCCCGCUCACCCUGCACGACGCCCGCGUCGCGCUCUUCUUCUUUGUCCUCCUGCAGGCGGCCUUCUUCAGCACGGGCAACGUCGCGUCGGUCUCGGCCUUCAGCCUCGAGAGCGUGAACCGGCUGCUCCCCGUCUUCGACCCCUUCUCGCAGGGCGCCAUGCUCAUCCUCAAGCUGCUGAUCCCCUUCGCGCUCAUCUCGGCCAACCUGGGCAUCCUGAACAAGCGCCUCGGCGUCGCGCCCUCGGCGCUGUUCAUGGUCGUCAUGGCCAUCAGCGACAUCCUCACGCUGUACUUCUUCUGGGUGGUCAAGGAUGAGGGGUCGUGGCUCGAGAUCGGGUCGACGAUCAGUCACUUCGUCAUCGCGAGCCUUCUGUGUGUGUUCGUGGCGGCGCUCGAGGGCGUCAGCGCCAUGUUCAUUGCUGGGGUUGAGGUCGGGGAUGACGUAGCAAAGGUGGCUGAAAACGGGGCGGCGGCGGAGGUGCUGCUGGAGAGGACGAACGAGGCUGUGGAGCAGCUGCCGGCUGUUGGAAGUAAUGAUGAUGCCGUUGGGAAGUAAUGUUGCGUGUGUAUCUGGAUGGGCUGUGACGUGGGAAGUACCAUAGAGAAUAGACGGAGAUCAGACGUUUGGUGUGAAUGGUUCGGGUCUCCCUUCUUCAGAAGCUUAACGGAAUCCCGGCCUGGUCCUCCGUGAUGCGGUGUAUGUUCAUGUCUUUUUCAUGGUAUGUAUGAG